GUAUGGAAUAACCUUGAGGUCCGGUAGCGGUUUCAACCCAUCGCGUCAUCAAUCUAUAACAUGUGUUCACGGAGUUCCUGAUGGAUUAUUAAUCACAGAACAGCUGUAGUAUGGGUAAUGAAGACAGGAUUAAAACAGAUAAUCAUGGAUCACGUUUGGUUUUGUGAAUACUGCUCCUCAACUGAAGGGAAUGAAAGUAGAAAGCUUUUCUCAACACAGAGAGACUUCGUUAAUCAUAUCCGAGCACACCAUUUGGUUCGCAAGUUUAGAAAUGAUGUGGAAACGUUUAUCUGCCGGUAUGGCCCGAAUAAUUCGUGUCUUCUAUCCAAUGGUCUAGAUAGUGUUGAGAAGAGUCAUUCGUCUUGUGAUUCCUUAUUUAAAAGUCAGCGUGACUAUGAAAGACAUUUAGUUGGGUUUCAUCUUCUAAAACAUCCUGUAUACAAACGUCCGGAUGUAAGAUCUCCGCUUCCAAUACCUCCCAUUUCUUCCCACUAUAAUGAGAAACCAUCACGCAAAUGGAGUGUAUACCAAUCAGUUGUGAAUUUACCAGCUGUUUUAAAUGAUCCAAAUUAUCGUGAGAAAGAUAUAUUUACAAAAUUAUGGGGUGAUAAAUUUGAAAAUGCUGAAGUUCUACCCAGUCCACAUCUACCAAUAAUUACAGAGAAACAUUUUAUAGAAUAUUUAAACAAAAUUGGAGUACGUAAACUCGAUACAGAAUCGUGUAGAUCAUCGCCUAAUUGUCAAAUUAAUUCAUCUAAUUCAAUCAAUGAUAUUUCUCAAUCAGUGAAAUUAUCCAAUAAAGUUUUAAAACAUGAACCAUCGCAUGAUAUAUCAACGGCUUCCAUUCCCGCUUUAUACUUUGAUCAAAAUUUCAAUUUGAAAGAUGAAAAGACGUUUUGUCAAGUUAUACCUUUACACGUCCGUCGUUCUCACUUUCAAAAUGUUCGAAACCCAUUUGAAAAUAUCGUUUCCCCAUCAAGUAAACCAGAUUCUGUAAAUAUUUCAAAUCGAUUAAACUAUCCCAAUGAAGAAUUCCUGCAAAAAGAAGCUUUCCGCAAUCAGCAUAAUCAAUUGGUUAAUUAUUUGGAUAUUAUUGAGUUAAAUAUAGUUGAACAGGUUUCCAGAAAAUCUUCAACAUUCUUUGAAGCUAUUCAGUGUCAUGAUGUGAUACGUGAAGAUUUAAGUCAAGCUAUUCGUCAAAUUAAAGAUUUUCGACGUAAAUUGCAUCAAAUUAAUACAUUGACUAUAAUUGACAAGAUGAAAUUGUUACGUGUUGUUAGAAGACGAGAAAACUAUCGACUGGUUGUUAAUAAGUUAAAAUUAAUCGCGAGUCUUCAAGCUACACAACCUACUAUUCAAACUCUAUUGAGAAAUAAUGAUUUUUGUGCUGCCCUGGAUUUAGUGAGCACUACAAAAGAAUUAUUACAUUCACAUUUGAUGGUGAACUCAACUUCCAGUGAUUUAUCAUCAGAUAAUGUGAUGGACCAGCCUAGUAAUAGAAAUUUAACAUCUAGGUUGAAGAAGAAUUCAACUACAUUUCUUUGUCUACGUGAUUUUGAUGCUCAACUAAGUGGCAUUUCCAAUUUCGUGCAUAAAAUGGUCGAAUCAGAAUUUGACAUUUCAUUGUGUCGAUUUUUGGAUCCACCCAUUAAAGAAUAUGGUGGAUUCCAUGACCCAGAUAUUUUAUCCUGUUUCCUUGGUUUAAUACGAAUUAAUCGGUUGGAUUUUGUGAGUGGUUUUCAUGCAGAAAUGCUCAAAAGAGUUAAAGAUAUAUUCUGUCAACAUAUCACUUCAGUCACACGACCUCCAGGAAACGAUAGUGUUACAGAUUCUUCUACAACAACAGGACCUAAUACAACUAAAUUAUCUACUUCUGAUCAACUGCGUAAUAUGCCAUGUGAAAAUUGGAUGACGUUUUUAGUUAAUCUAUGCAAUGACAUAAAAUAUUUACUAAUUCGUGGACAGGAUGUUGUGGAUAUAUUCGAAAAUAACCUCUGUUCUAAUCAUCAGUCAAAUGAAACUGUUGAAAAUAGUACUGUUAUUUCGUCUACUCAUCAACCUUUCACUACAAUUAGUGUGCAUAAAGCCAAAGAACUUGCUAAAUGUAUGCAUAAAACUUUGUGGAAUACAGCUAAUAUAUCCCAGAAACGUUUAUGUUCAAUUGUUUCAUCUCGAUUUCGUCUUGGCUCUAUUCAAUUAAUGGAACCAAAGUUGACGACAUCAACAUCAUUGUCUUCAACUGUUGAUUUAUCAGUGAAUUCACCAAAUCUACAACAAAGACAUUUGUCUACAACUUCAAUAAUGGAUAUUCCAUGUACAACAGUGUUUAGUGAAUAUGUAUUUGAUAAAUUUACUUGGAGUAAUUUUAGAGAAUUAGUCAAAGUACUGAGUAUUUUCCAGGUAUAUGUUCUUCGAGCAUGGUUGAAAUUUUCUGAUAUUCCAAUUAAAACAAUAAUUUGUCAUCAAUCGAAUGAUUCAGAAAAUUGUUUACAACCAAAUGUACAUUCUUUUAAUAAGUCAAAGUCUUGUGUUAAAAAAUCAACGAUUCCUUUAAAUCAAAAAACUUCAAAUGAUGUUAUCCCCUCUUCCAUUAUUAGUUCUAACACUAAUGAUUGUAUAUCUAAUAACCAAUACAUAUUUAAUAUUCAAUCCGAUUUAAUUUUACGUGAUCUUGUACUUGAUAUGAUUAUACUUAUAAUUGACCGAUUUCAUCGUGAAAAUUAUGAUAAAAUAAAUAUGUUAUUGGAUCAAGAAAGAUGGCAAGCAGCUAUUUGUCCAGAACAAGUUCAACAAAUGAUUAAUGAUAUAUCCAUAGAAGUAGGACAUUGUAAAAUGAAGAGUUCACAUCUGACCAACGAACAUUCUCCUUGUACACCGAAUCAUAAUAAUUUGAUUCAGUCAACAGAUAGUGUGAUCUCUACACCCAAUUAUAUUUUUCUACAAAAUGAAGAGUAUACUGUAGUUCGUACAGUUAUACUGUUGUUACCGAUGAUUAAUGAUUAUGUAAAAUUAGAUGAAAAAUUACCUGGUCAACCGUUAACUACUGAAUUCGUUUCAGAUCGUUUAGCCGAUUUACUUAAUCAUUUCAAUUCCCGUGUUUGUCAACUUGUACUUGGUGCUGAGGCAUGUAAACGGGUCGAUCUACAACGCAUAUCUGCUAAAAAUCUUGCCUUGACCCUGCGUAGUCUACAAUUGGUUGUGCAAUUUUUACCAUGUAUACAAUUCUUGUUAAACAGAAUAUCUAAAACGGAUUUUAAUAAAUCAUUAUCAACUAGUGUCGAUAACCUUCUUAUUGCUUCAUUAUAUCAUUCUAACAGUCAGGGGAUAAAUCGAACAACAUUAAAUGGUCUAGAUCAUAUUGAAAAACUAUUUAAUGAACAUAUUGAAAGUAUUUUACAAAAACUUGUUCAAUUAUUAUCGGAUCCAAUUGGUCCAAUGUUUUCUAAUUGGUAUGGUCGUCCUCCGAUACCAAGUAGACAAAUGGAUGAAUUAUGUCGUAAUUUAUCGAAAUUAAUUGGAAUGACUAAAAAUGUAUUACCUGCUAAAACACUUACGUCUAUCCUAUUGCGUGUUCAUAACGAAUUAAAGGUGCAGUUACGUCAUCGUAUUAGUGAACUUGGUAUUGUUGCCGAUGGUGGACCUCAACAAAGCUUGAUCGAUUCGGAAAUCCUCCACUAUAUUGAUUAUUUUAAAACACUCACACCACAACUACAAAAAUUCGUUGAUGAUUGUUCUGAUAUCUGGCCAUCAUAAAUAAUAUUGACUGUCCAUUUACAAAAUUCCCAUGCAAGAUGUGGUCUGGUAAAAAAAGAUAAGCCACAAAUACGCUUCUGCCUGUCUAUAUUAGCUAGAAGUAUUUAUUCACCUUGUGUCUUUCAUUAUUUAUAAAUGGAUAUACUUUAUAUUUUGUGAAUAAAUUGUGAGUCUUUCAUUAUUGUGAAUGUUUAUACAUACAAAGAAUAAACUGAUUUCUGUGGUCCUAUCAUUCCAAUAGACAUAUUUAAAUAGAUCAAUUGUGUGUGUGUGUGUAUUCGUGCGCAAAAUGUUUCUCCCUCCCUCACUUGUGUAUACAUUUUCCUCUAUUCUCUGCUGUUAUUAUCAGUAUUAUUAUGUUUUGCUGUUUCUUUCUGUCUUACUUUAUUCCUUCUGUUCAUAUUCAAGUUUUUUAAUGAGUAAAUUUUCCACAUUAAACUUUAAUUUUAGUAAUAAUAAUCUUUUUAAAUUAUCAUUAUUAGUAGUACCAGUAAAAUGGGUUUACACAGUAUUCAUCUAUUGUUUAUUAUUGCUUCUAUUGAAGAAUAUGUUGUAUAAUUUUUUUUGGGGGGGUGUCAAUUAAAUGUGUGGGAAAACGAUAUAGAAGUUUGCAAAUUUCUGUAAUAUGUGUUACUAAUUAAUGAAAUCUCUUUUAAAUAUCAGGUAACUUGUCAAUUGAGUUCAAGGCGUUUUGUUAUGCUGUGUUGUUUUCUAAGUCUUACUCAUAUAUAUAUAGGAUUUUCAUUCGACAACCGAGUCAAUAAUAUAUGCAUACUGAAUGUACAGACUUCUCGAAUCCUGGCCAAUAAUGUAUAUUUAUCAUAUAGUCUGUCUGAUUGGUCGAACGUUUCAUUUUUUCUUAGUCUUUGAGGGACAUAGUACCAUCCAUGUAAGAAUAGAUUGAAGUUUACGAGACGACUAUCGUAUUAAAGUUGUGUAGAAUUGAGUUUUGAAUGUUCAUUCUAAUGGUUGAAAAUCAUGAAAUAGUGGGGUGAUUUAUUUGCUGGUUCACUUCAGCUAAAAUUUGACUAAAUGUUUAUAACUUUACUUUUUUCAGCUUAUUGUUGUAUAAACAGAAAACACAAUGGAGACGAAUAAAAAAAUAUUUGUGUUCUUUUUUAUUUAGUGUAUCAAGUAUUAACGAAGUUUGGUUCAAUGUUAUAUUUGCUAAUUGCAUUUUUAAAUUGAUAAUUCAAAGGAAUCAUUUGCAUCUAUGAAUUCACGUAAUCCAUCCAUGUUUCUACUACACCUUCUAAUUCAUUUAAUUCCAGUUUAAAAAAAUCAAUGAACUAUCUGUACUGAAAUCUGCCUAGCGUCUUGCAGAAUAUGUUAAGUAUAGAAAUGUAGUGAAAGCACCUAGUAACAUAGGUGAUGUUUAAAACAGCACUUCUGGAUAUUCUGCAGAAUAAAUCAAUCGUAGUAACUUUUCUAUGGCACCAUUCUCUAUCAUCCGCUUAGUUUUAGAGUUUACUAAAUUUUAGCAUUUGAUUAUCCAUUAGAUUCAUUUGGGUAAUUGACGCAAACUGGAUUCUGUCAAAUAUAAUUUGUUGGACAUUUUCGCUUCCGAAGGUUAUGCAGAGAACCAUUUUGUGCACAAGUGUUUUUUACGUUAAAUUCAUAAGGAAAUUCAAAUAAAAGACAUUGUUUGAAAUGCAAAGUAAAUUUUUUUUAAUUAAGCUAAGCCGGUUGGAUAAUGGUGUGCUACAGUGGUUAUUAUUGAAGGCAUUUUGUUAUCAUCUGCAGUAUUGUCAAAAAAUUGAAACAGAACGUUUUGUAAACUCAUCUUGACUAUCUGUAAGCGCAAUAAUGACCGAAAUUCAGUAGAUAUAUGAACUGUACUUUUGUAUAGUGAGGUCAUUGACGUAAGUAAUGUUUUUCUGGGAAGAUAUCAGUGAUUCAUUCCCCAAAAAAAUAGUUGGAACUGCAGAAAGAAAAUGUCAACCAGCUUCCAAAUAAAAGUCAUUAGAAAAUAAGAAAUGUGAGUACUAUGUUGAAUACUGCUUCAUUAUUUCCAAGACGAAUAGAUCAGGAUGAAGUUGAGAGUUAUUUUAUGUGUUUUUAAAAAUAAUAUUUACCAGCAAUAGUGAAUCUAAGAAAAUCUGUAAGGAAAUAUUUAACCUCAAAAAUUUCUUCUUGAUAGCAUUAUCCUGAUGUUAAUGUGAAAAUCCUCAAUGAAUCACAUUAACCUUCACUCAUUGAUUUUAAAAUUGAUAAUCAAAAUUCAAUGUAAAAUAUUCAUAGUUCAUUUUCUGUGAUCUUGAUGAUUUCUCAAAAUAACCACUGGGUAAGUACAUGAAUAAUCAGUUUGUUUAGCAUAGAUUUUUCUUAGAAUCGAAUCAUUCAGCACCUAGCUAUAAAUCAUAGAUUAAAAUCCAAGAAAUUGUGCUGAUUUAAAAUUUUUGAUAUAUUGUUCAACUUAUCUUCACUCUAUCUGAACAGUUGUAACACACACACACACUAUUUGUACUACUUGAUCAAAAGGUGACUUUACCUCUGGUUACCAUUUCUCAUUAAAAGUUAUCCUCAAAGAAUUUUUUUGUUGUUGUUUGAGUGAAGUUUAUGAUCUAAAUGUAAAUAAAUUGAGUUUAUAUUUAUCAUCUUGUGUUAGACUAUUUGAUUGUAUAUUAAAUCACUUUUUCCACAAUAAAAUAAACCUUUUUCUUUCUU